AUGAAGAAAGCUGUGCUUAACAACAUGUUCCGCACGGCAAGAACCGUUUGUAGUGGACCUGAGGAGAGAAAGGAUUCAUUAACUUUGGCUCACGAAAUUGCUGUUUCGAAUGGUUAUGAAGUCCGAACGUCUGAAACGAGACAAUACCGAAGUGAACGAGCACGGCAAGGGAAAAACCCCACCACAGAUAAGAUACCUCUCUGUUUUCCUUACAUCUCCGAUGGAGUGAGCGCUGCCAUUAGGCGGUGUCUGAGGAGAGCAGACAUGGAUAGCUCUGUUUCGGUCGUUGAAAUACCACCGAACAAUUCGAAACGUCAGCUAGUUCGGAAUCGUUUGUACGAUAACAUCUGA